AUGCUCGAUUCAUUCGGGCGGAUAACUUGGUGGGGAUUUAGCCCAGCUAUCGACUUUCAAGCCAUUGUUCUACCGGCUCAGAUCUAUGUUGUAGAGAAUAAUUUAGAGAUACUAGCAAGGCAAAUGCUACUGCUAGCUCUCAUUUAUGAAGCACCCGAAACAAUCGGCUUGCAAGAAAAGACCGAAUUAUUUCUUGAAAUAUUUGGUAAUACUUUAAUUAGAAGUCAAACAGAAGAAUACUUGUGUCGAAAAGCCGAUGAUUUCAUCAAGAUGGUUACGAAUUUUAAUUAUCUCAAUCAAUGCCUUGGCUUCUUAGACUUAUCAAAUUUGAAAUUUGCUGAAAGGGAUCAGCUAGAAGCUAUAUUUAAAUUUUGGAGGCAGAAAAAUCCGAAGCUGUUCGAAGUUACUGAAAUGUGGGAUCAUAGAUUACGAAAACAUCUUGGUGCUCGUUAUGACUCUAGACAAAACGUUUACGACUGGGAUUACAAUAUGAAAUUACAUUCAAAGGCUAAUAUCAUUAAUUCACGAGAAUAUUCUAACUGGAGAGAGAAUGGUAUAGCAUUUGAUAUUCGAGAAGCGAAUUAUAACAUAGCAAAUAAAUCAUUGGCAUCAGGAGAAAUCAUGAAACGGGAAGGGCAAAAGCAUUAUGUAAGAGGAUAUUGGGGAGAUAUUGUUAAUAGCCCUUAUAUUGCAUUUGGGAUUGAGUGCGAAGAAGAAAGCUUCUUCAAAAAAACAAACGAUAUGUAUCUGAAGACUUCCCAAGAUAUUACUCAGUAUAAUAUAAUGGCGUACAUGCACGAAAUUGCUUAUGGCACGAAAUAUCAACUGCCUAAAGAUAAAUCAGAGACAGAAAAUGAAAGUGAUCAACUAGGAAAAAUUCAAGAAGUAAAUGAAGAUGAAGAAGACAGUGAUCAAACAAUAUCUGCUAGCACGGAAGAAUCCAAUCAAGCUUUAUUUAAAGGCUUGCAAAAUUUCAAGAUCUAUUUCUUACCUCUUAACUCACUUCCAGUCUUGCCCAAGAAAAGUAAAUAUAAUAAACUAUUCAACAUAGUUUAUUUCUCAAACAGUAUGGUACACCUAUUUAAGCCUGAUAUCCAACCAAUUUUAGCUCAUGGAUCGUUGAUUGUGUGUGAAAGUGCAAAAUAUAUUCUUGAGUUAAAGAAGGAGCAACACGAAGAAUUUGUAAAGCGAGUGAGCGGUAUGGCUAAGACGGCUAACUGCAAGGUACGCCAAAACUUUGAUGGAGAAAAGGACAAUAUUUUUGCUUACUUAUAUACGCCAUAA